UUUGGUCGACAUGAGCCAGUCACGUAGCCUACACAAUAUUUUGUAUACUUUGCUUUGUCGUUCCUCAUUACCAAUACAAUAAAUAUGAUGAGUACUGAAAGCUACACUUCUGUCACUUAGUUGCUAAAUGUCUAGGCUCCACUCAAUCUCGUACCCUUGAUCCGAAUAAAACGGAUGCUUUCAGAUCAGUAAUUUAAGUGGAACACGUUGCAUGUAGCAAGCAUCAUUAUAUGUUUUUAUUUCCUCUCAAAUUUGUUUAUUGUUUUCUGCAGCGAAAGCUACCUGCUGGUCAGUACUGGCCUGUGCUAGGAGGCUUCUUGUGAGGCAACCAGAGGUGUUUUGUUUGGUCAAAGAAGAGCUCAGCUCUCUUCUUUGUCUUCUUCAUGAGGUGCUUGCUGUGAGGCCUGAGCCGUCCUGCUUGUUCUUGGAGAGAAUAUAACAGUAUUCCAGAAGCAGUGUUUUUGUUGCUAUUGAAACUUGGAAGAGAAACUGUGUUUUGAGGCUUGGCUAUGUCAGUUUCAGAGAAGGUGGUGCCACCAUCUUCUCUGUCUUCGGCAGAUUUGGAUCCGCUGUUGAAGGAUCUCACAGAGAAGAAGUUAAGUUUUCGGAGAAACGUGGUGUCCUUGGCGGCUGAGCUCAAGGAUGUGAGGAACAAACUUGCUUCACAGGAGCAGUUGUUUGCCCGGGAAUCCCAAACCAGAAAGUUUGCUGAGACAAAGGCAAGGAGCAUGGAGGAGGAAAUAAGUAAGCUGCAGAAAUGCUUACAUGAUAAAGAUGAGCAACUACGUUCUUCCACAGGUUGCACGGAACAGUACCUUCAUGAGUUGGAUGAUCUUAGAUCGAAACUGUCAGUUACCCAAGCUACAGCAGAAGCAAGUGCAGCAUCAGCCAAAUCAGCUCAGUCGCAAUGCCUGUCGUUAUUGAAAGAACUGAAUGAGAAGGACAGCUCGCUGAAAGAACACGAGCUUCGAGUCAACAAGCUAGGUGAGCAGCUGGAUCUUCUCCAGAAGGACCUUGAAGCAAGGGAGUACUCACAGAGGCAACUCAAAGAUGAAGUUCUGAGGAUUGAAACAGAUAUCAUGGAUGCAGUUGCCAAAGCUGGGUCCAACAAAGAUAAUGAGCUUCUAAAGAUUUUAUCUGACGUAUCUCCAAGGAACAUUGAUAAUCUCAACAAGCUUUUGAACGCUAAGGAUGUAGAGAUUGCCAGAUUGAGAGAUGAAAUUAGGAUAUUAUCUGCUCACUGGACGAACAAGACAAAGGAACUAGAGUCACAAUUGGAGAAACAAAAGAGAACCGACCAAGAACUGAAAAAAAGAAUUCUAAAGCUUGAGUUCUGCCUUCAAGAAUCACGGUCUCAGAUAAGAAAACUUCAGAGGGCUGGUGAGAAAAGAGACAAGCAACUCAAGGAGUUGAAGGAUCAGGUGGCCAUGAAGCAGCCCAGUGUCCCAUACCGCGACGACAAGCACAACUUCUGGGAGAACCAGAGCUUCAAGUUCAUAGCCUCCAUGUCAAUGCUCGCACUGGUCAUCCUCACAAAACGAUGAAACAGCAUCCCCAACUCCAUCAUCCUGUGUAAAGAUGCUACUAGUAGAUUCCAGUUUUAGGUGAGCAGCUUGCUCAUAGUCUAUAGUCAUGUAGGGCAUGCUGCAUGAUCAGUCAUCAGAUGCCCACACUUAAAUUUGCCGACAUCCAAGAUUAGCUUGUACUAGUAUUGUAGUAAUACUGUAGUACUCUAGUGCAGUUGCUGCUAGCUCAUGUUAGCUCUCAUAAGCAGUAUUGUAGUUACAGCAACUACCUAAAUUUAAGUCUAGCUGCCGCAGCUGUAGUUGCGGUUGUAUUAAUGCUGAUAUGGUUCCCUUGUUCCAAACUUCACUGUCUAGCUAAUUAAGCUAGUUCUUGCUUCUGAACUCUGAAUUUCUGGAGUUCAGUAUGCAAACAGAACGCACUGGUUGUGAACAACCGUGCCAAGGUCCAAAUCAGCAAUGGUAUGAGGUGAUGAGAAGCAAAUCUGGUCCAAAUUUGGAUGGCAU